UGAUCCCUUCACACUCUUCAGGCUGCACUCACUUUGCAGAUCAAGCCUCUCUGAACUGAGCUCCAGGAAACUCUCCAGCCCUCUUCUGCCCUCCUCUUCUUUUCAGCUGAGCAAAGGAAAUACCUUGACCAAAUAACGAUGGCGAACUCUUUCACCCGCAUGAUGACCGGUCGUAACACAGCAGUGAUGAUGGCCAUGGGAGCCGGCACUUUGGCAUCCGCAUUUCUCCUCACUGAUAACACUGCUGCAGCUGAGAGGAGGAGGUUCUAUCCCCCAAGUGCUGAUUACCCUGAUCUGAGGAAGCACAACAACUGCAUGGCAUCAGCAAUGACCCCGACCAUUUAUGCUCGUCUGAGGGACAAGGCGACGCCCAACAACUGGACCCUGGAUCAGUGCAUCCAGACUGGGGUGGACAACCCCGGACACCCCUUCAUUAAAACUGUGGGCAUGGUGGCUGGGGACGAAGAAAGCUACGAGGUGUUUGCGGAGCUCUUUGAUCCUGUUAUUAAGGACAGACACAAUGGAUAUGACCCUCGUACCAUGAAGCACCCCACUGAUCUGGAGUCUUCCAAGGUCACCUCGGGAAUGUUUGACGAGCGCUUCGUGUUGUCGUCCCGUGUGCGCACCGGGCGCAGCAUUCGCGGACUGAGCCUCCCACCUGCGUGCACACGGUCCGAGCGCCGCGAGGUGGAGCGUGUGGUUGUCACAGCCCUUUCUGGCCUGAAAGGAGAACUGGCCGGCCGAUACUACAGCCUGGGAGAGAUGACUGAGAAACAGCAACAGCAGCUUAUCGACGAGCACUUCCUGUUUGAUAAGCCUGUAUCACCUUUGCUCACGGCAGCUGGAAUGGCCAGAGACUGGCCUGAUGCUCGUGGUAUCUGGCACAACAAUGAGAAGAACUUCUUGAUCUGGAUUAACGAGGAGGACCACACGAGGGUCAUAUCCAUGGAGAAGGGAGGAAAUAUGAAGCGAGUGUUUGAGAGGUUCUGCAAAGGUCUCAAACAGGUGGAGCAUCUUAUUCAAGAAAGAGGGUGGGAGUUCAUGUGGAACGAACGUGUGGGAUACAUCCUGACCUGCCCGUCUAACCUGGGCACUGGGCUCAGAGCAGGAGUUCAUAUCCGCCUGCCGUUUCUCAGCAAGGAUCCCCGCUUCAAAAAGAUACUGGAGAACCUGAGACUACAGAAGCGAGGCACAGGAGGAGUGGACACGGCUGCCACUGGAGACACCUUUGACAUCUCUAACCUCGACCGUCUGGGCAAGUCAGAGGUUGAGCUGGUACAGUUAGUGAUUGACGGUGUCAACUAUCUCAUUGAGUGUGAGAAGAGGCUUGAGAGAGGUCAGGACAUCAAGAUCCCUUCCCCAAUCGCUCAGUUCAAGAGGUAAACGUUUCCUCCGUUGCCAGCAUUGAGGAAGAACAUUUGCUUCAGUGGCUCAUUAUUUAAUCUUCUGAUAUUCAUGACAUGUAUAAACUAUGUGCUGACUUUCAUGCACAGUACAGCUGCUACAUGUACGUGGAUUCUGAUAAAAAAAUAAAAUACAAUUUUAAAAAUGAA